AUGGUUAACCCUUUUCUGGUCUUCGCCCUAGCUUGCGUUCUUGCGCUGGUUUUUGUGUUUUUAUGUUACGUGCUCUACGCCUGCGCCUGCUCGACAGCAAUCACGUCUCUCGAGUGGCACUCAUCGCCCGAGGCAGCGCUGGCGCCAGUCGUCACCGCCACAGGUCCAACUCGAAGGAACGCGCAGCCCGGUAGCCCCGCGGCGCAAGCGCCAGAGCCGGUCGUCGUGGAGAAGCCGCAGCUUGGAUAUUUCCUGUACUCCGCGGCCGCUGCCGCAGAGGGGGGCGGCGGAGUGAGAGGGGCAUCGGAGAAGGUGUGCCUGAUCUGCCUGAACGCUUUGGAGGACGGGAAGGAGUGCACCGAGGUGCCGGCGUGCGGCCACGUCUACUGCCGGGAAUGCAUCGCGACGUGGAUGAGGAGCCGGAACACAUGCCCACUGUGUAGGGUGCUCAUCAUGCCGGGGUCAGUGCCACUCUUGGCUGCCGACGAUAUACGGAUGUACAGAGACAUCUUUUAA